AUGGGCGACACUUUGGACAGCCGAUUUGAGGACCUCUUUCCUGGUAUCCGUCGAUAUCCAUACAAAGGAAGGGACGACUUCGUUACUGUGAUCAAUCAUGAGUUUACCCUUCCAGAUAGGCGUGAAUACUUCCUUGUUACAAAUCUCAGCAAAGACACAUUCGAAACGGACUUCUUCAACAACGACGACAAUUCGUGGAAAGAAUACUUCUAUAACUUGCAAUUGCUCGUUGCCAAAAUGCCACUCCCUCCACACGAAGCAGCGGGCAGAUUUUUGGGUCAAGCCAUUUUGACCGCGGCGAAUACCGACAGGCGUCUCGAUGGUCUUAUGAUUCUCACUCAAGGAGCAUCUCACGUUAUGCUAGAUACAUCCGCCAAGUGCCCUGACGAAUCCUUUCGUCCAAUAGAUCUCGUUGAUCGAGCCUUCCCGACUGUGGUGAUUGAAACAGCGUUGACUGAGUCUGGGCAAAAGCUUGAGGAUGACGCUACUCGCUGGGUGAGAGCAUCGAAUGGACAGGUUACCGCAAUUACUAUCCGCCUUGAAAGGGCGACGGAAAAUAUCGUUCUUCGGAGAUGGGUUUGGGCAAACAAUACCGCUGUAAUCAGACAGGAGACUACCAUCACCAAUGGAUGCGGCAACAGAAGAGGCCAGCGGUCCCCUGCUCUGAUCACGAAUGAACCGUUUUUCAUCUUACCAGGAGCUGUUCGGGCGAGAUGCAGUGGGUAG